AUGCCACCUCCUCUGCAUUCCGCCUCUCCUACCCCAGGUCCUUCCGGCACCGGUCGUAGGAGGGAUAGAACCGCUGAAGCCCUCUAUGCCUGGUGUGUUCAAAAUCACGAUGCAGGCUAUGUCUUUUCUCAGGAUGAACUCCUCAACGCCGGUAUCAUUCCCGACAAAAAGCUCGAGAUCCUCCUCACUUCCACUCAACAUCUUGUCAACCGUGCCCUUUUCAAGCUUCAUGACAGAGUCGGCGGUUCCAUCGGCUGGGAACUGGUUGAAGAGGAAAAGGCAAAAAACCAGAUCGGCCUAUCUCGCGACGAGAAGAUGGUUUAUGCCUGUAUCGAGAACUCGGGCACCGCCGGAAUAUGGAACAAGACCAUCAAAAAUCGCAUCUCGGCUCAUGCGCAAGUCCUCGAGCGCGUUCUCAAAGGAUUGACCAACAAGGGUCUUAUCAAGUCCAUGUCCAGUGUAAAGAACCCAGGACGAAAGAUGUGGAUUUUGGCUGGCCUGCAACCUAAUGAGGAGGCCACCGGAGGCGCCUGGUUUACAAAUGGUGACCUGGACACUUCCUUACUCCAAGCCGUUGCUACAGUGGUGCAAAAAUAUGUUUCGGAACAGUCCUGGGAGGAAACGGAUGAUGGUGAUCAGUCCUCGCCUGUCAAUAACAAACGCAAGGCUCCCACUGAUGGCUUUGACGAUGAAGCCGAAACCCGUUCCAAGUCCUCUCGACUUGAAAACUCUUCCCACCACCACAAAGGCAAAGGCGCUCCUACUCACCCGAGAACGUUUCGUCCCUACGAUUCGGGCUAUGCCAAGUAUCCUACACUCACCGAAAUUUCCCGGUACAUUCUCAAGUCCAAUAUCACGGGCACCAUUCUCCCCCAAAAUGCCAUUGCUCAACUCCUGGAUGUUAUGGUUUAUGAUAACAAGCUCUUCAAAGUGAGCCGCAAGCCCAACAGCGAAGACGAUGAUGAUCCCGAUAAUAACGAGUCUGUCACCAUGUACCGCUCAUUCAAAACGCCCCAAGACCUUCACGAAGACAAUCAGUUGGUUGCCCGUGCAAACAGUCAGAAACUCGACGUCAGAAACGCUGCUCUUCGCCAGCAAGUAUUAGAAGACCUUGGCCCGGGAGGUUCCAGUGAGGUCCCGUGUAUGAGCUGUCCAGUGUUUGAUAUAUGCGAGGAUGGUGGACCUGUGAAUGUCCGGACUUGCGUCUAUUUCGACCAAUGGUAUGAUGUCCUUGCAACAGCCGAUCGCGAAGCUGAUGUGGGUGUCUAUGCCCCCAAGGAUAAGGGCAGGUCGAAGGUAAAAGGUCAUGGAAAAGAGGGGGCAAUGAUUGAGGUUGAGGUCGAGGUUGGCGAUGGAGAUUCUUGA